AUGGAGAUCCCUAAAGUACUCAGGCUCCUCAUAGAGCUCUCCAGUCUGUUAUCCUGUCUCAGAUGUGUGGAGGCUUUCCUGGGAUCCCAGCCCAACCAAAACCAUUUGCAGAGUGCAGUGUCCAGCGUGUGUGGUGUCGGACCUCUUGGGUAUUACAAUGGCUCACUGGCGGUCACUGAGGCCGGGGCAGAGUGCCUCAACUGGGCAGAGUUCCCCGAUUAUGUUCAGCAGUACCCAGAUCGUGGCUUGGGGAACCACAACCACUGCAGGAACCCGGAUGGGGGAACUACACCCUGGUGCUUCUACCGGCUUGUGUCAGGGGCCAUCGGCUGGGCUAACUGUGACUGUAACCAAGGUGCUGUGCGGUUGGCUGAAGAUAGUAGUGUGGAGCUGUACUUCAAUGGACUCUGGGGCACCGUCUGUGCUGACUACUGGACUGACUGGGAUGCCAGUGUUGUCUGCAGGCAACUAGGUCUCAGUGAGAUUGGCUCAGCUGGGAAGAAGAGUCACCCCGGACUGUGGCCUGUUCCCCUGCACCUGCAGUCAGCAAACUGCCAUGGGGAUGAGAAAGCCCUGCUGCAGUGUGGCUAUCAUGAAGCUGCGUCAGGAGUUUGUAAGCAGGGGAGUGCCAUGGCAACCUGUGUCCCUCCAGAAGGUGUAGGUGCCCCGCUGCGUUUAGUUGGGGGAAAGGAGAGCUUUGAAGGACGAGUGGAGGUUUACCAUGAUGGCAAGUGGGGUACCAUUUGUGAUGACCAGUGGGACGACCGGGAUGCUGAAGUAGUCUGUAGGCAGUUGGGACUCAGUGGGAACCCAAAAGCCUUGUCGUGGGCUCACUAUGGGCAGGGAUCUGGCCCAAUCCUGCUGGAUGAAGUGGAAUGCUCAGGCAAUGAACUCUCACUUGACCAGUGCAAGAAGAGUGAUUGGGGACAGCAAAACUGUGACCACAUUGAAGAUGCUGGGGUCUCCUGUGACCCUUUCACAGAGGGCACUGUCAGGCUGGCUGGUGGCCGCAGCCCCAGCGAAGGCCGGGUAGAAGUUUAUUACAAUGGAGACUGGGGCACGGUGUGCGAUGAUGGCUGGACAGACCUCAGUGCCCUGGUAGUCUGCAGGCAGCUGGGCUUCAGUGGUCCUGCUACCCUGGCCUCUGAAGUGGACUAUGCUGCUGGCCAAGGCUUUAUCUUACUGGACGAUGUGGCUUGUGUGGGGACAGAGCUGUCCCUCCUGGACUGUCCCCACAGCAACUGGGGGCAGCAUGACUGCUCACACGCUGAGGAUGUGGGAGUCCGCUGUUCCCCAGAGAGCAACACAGUCAUGGAUGGCAGCCUGGGGCCUCCUGUGCGGCUCAUGGAUGGAGAAAGCACCAAGGAGGGACGAGUUGAGGUAUUCCUGAAUGGGCAGUGGGGCAGCAUCUGUGAUGAUGGCUGGACAGACAGAGAUGCUGCAGUGGUUUGCAGGCAGCUGGGAUUCAGUGGUACAGCAAAAGCCAGGGCAAUGGCUUAUUUUGGCGAAGGCCAUGGGCCCAUUCAUCUUGACAACGUAGAAUGCAGAGGCACGGAGCACACCCUGGGGCAAUGUGUGAGGCCUGACACCGGGAUUCACAGCUGCUGGCACAGUGAGGAUGCUGGUGUGAUCUGUGACUAUGUGGAAGAGACGGUCCAAGAUACCAGGAGAACAGGUCCAGAGUCUGCUGUGUGCGGGAUGCGCCUGCUUCACCGUCGUAAGAAAAGGAUCAUAGGUGGAAACAAGUCCCUCAGAGGCAGUUGGCCAUGGCAGGCCUCACUGCGGUUGAAGGGUUUUCAUCGAGAUACUCGUCUGCUGUGCGGAGCAACCCUGAUCAGCAGCUGCUGGGUAGUGACUGCAGCUCACUGCUUCAAAAGGUUUGGAAUUGAUGUGCGGCGCUACCUGCUGCGGGUGGGUGAUUACCACACAGGCGUGAAGGAUGAGUUUGAGAGGGAGCUGCCUGUGGAGCGGAUUGUCCUCCACAGGAACUACUGGGCUGGCAGCAAUGAUAACGACAUUGCCCUGGUCCGGAUGCGGGGCAGAGAGGGGCACUGUCUGUCCUUCAAUCGCCAUGUUCUGCCUGUCUGCCUGCCUGACAGGAAGGAGAAGUCCGACAUCAAUAGGCAAGCCUGCAUCAUCUCUGGCUGGGGAGACACAGGGAAGUCCUACUCAAGAACCCUGCUGCAGGGGGUGGUGCCUCUUCUCCCACGGGAAGACUGUGAGGCCCGCUAUGGGCACAAGUUCACGAACCGCAUGAUUUGUGCUGGGAACCUCUCUGAAGACAAACGGGUGGACAGCUGCCAAGGUGACAGCGGAGGGCCACUCAUGUGCCAGAGGUCAAACGGGCGCUGGGUCAUUGUGGGCAUCACCUCCUGGGGUUAUGGCUGUGGUCGGAAGGAUUCCCCAGGUGUGUACACAAAGGUCAGCAAAUACGUACCCUGGAUCAAGAAAGUGACCAAGCUAAAAUGAAAAUGUCUGAGCUCUGAGAACUUCAACAUAUGGCCCUUUUGCCCCACAGCAGCAGAAGGCUGUGGCUCCUGGCCUGUGAGUGGUGGAGAUUGGACACUGGGAAGAGACUUUUCAUGUAGAACUGGGAGAAAAACAGUUAUGGCUGAUUCUUCACAGUCUUUGGUUUCACUUUAGUCUGUGAUCUCUGAGCAGAGAAAGCAGGUGCUCACUGGUAAGA